GAGUGAUAUAUUAAAAGAUAGAUCCUAUUACGUGCCUCUAUUUAAAUUCAUCAAAAAUACAGUGAGGAAAUUAUAAUAAACCGAAUAAAAAUACACAAGACUUGGCCUAAAGGUCUUGAUACCAGGCCAUAAACUCCAAAAAAAAAAAGCCAAGCAAAACAACAACAAACAAAAAUGACUGAUGGCGGAUAGCUAACUUGCUCUUGCGGUUCCUUUCCUGCUUAAUUUUGUUGUAAAGUUUAUAGCUUUAUAUUAACUUAUUUCUUACAUUAUUAACGUUGAGUUGAACAUCCCGUUCGUCCGUUAUAGUGUUUACAGUGAUACAGGGACUCAAAAACAAGUGCUGUGCUUUGUGCUAAAGAGACAGAGACUUAAUUUUAUCUUUCACCAUGAAAGAAAACGGAAGGAAAUGUUACAAGUGUGGAUAUUCCCCUGCUCCCUUGCAUCGUUUUCCUAAGCCUGGGAGAACAAAUAUCAUGCGGUACGUAUGCUAAAUAACCUUUUGAUUACUGAUAAAAACAGUUUCAAAAUAUUAAGUUUUAACACUGAAUUAGAAAGUAGACAGAAAUAGGCAUACAAUUGUUAUGAGUCUCAUCGGCUAUAAAAACCAAGAUACACAUUCAGAAAUUCAAAAACUUGUGCAAAUAAAUCUUAAUAUAUAAGAGAAAUUUUGCAGAACAGCAUAAGUUAUAUCACAGAAAUCGUAACAUAAUAUGCUUAUAUUAAUGUAAUUAAUAUUAUUAGGUAGUGAUGUAUUGGUACACAGAAAUAACUUGUGGCAUAAUAUUGAUAUAUGUUUGCAAUAUAAUUGCAUUGUUUGAAAAGAACAAUCUCUCAUUCUGCACUCUUCUUUCAAUCAUGUUUUUAGCACUUCAUUAUAUUAUUUAAUUGUAUUUUUUCAGGUGUGAGCUAUGGGCGAAGUACUGUUUUCCUGAUGACUCAUGGUGGUUACCAGAAUUUCAAAAUGAGCUUCAUUCUAGACAUUUAAUGUUAUGCACUAAACAUUUUAAGAGAUCAUCAUUCCUCGACAAUUUUGGAAAGAGGCUAAUCAGAUCUGCAGCACCAGAUGAGGAAUGUGAUAAGGAAAUGGACAACCUAACUACUUCGAUCGCGGACGAUCAAUCUAAUGCGUUCAUAAAGAAGGAACCGGAGGCGGAGGUGAGGGUGCAAAUGACUGAUCCAGAAGACAUGGCCAUCCCCGAUACUAGCAACUCGAGGGAGAAUUUUUCUAGCAGCGAUUACGAACAAUCCCUUGAAUGUGAACUUCCGAAGCCUUUGGCUUUUAAUGAAUUUGCGAAAAAGAGGAAAUUGGAGGACUUCCAUAAUGAGUCUCUAGCUGUUACGUUGAGAGAUAUAAAUAUUCAAUUACAUGUGUUGACAAAUCAGCUAGACGACUGUUUCGACAACUUCGGUAAGUAUAUAUCGUCAAUGCUGAGAAGUAUGCCAAUGCAGAACGCCCUGGAGUUGCAGCCGAAGAUCGUAGCCUUAAUCACCUCAGUUGGAGUUAGUAAUAAUGAAUGUCGGAUCAGCCAGUCUCAUGAGAACUGUAGCUAAGGACAACACAUUUUACCUUCACAUUUAUCAUUUUUAUAUAGUUACGAAUUGUUAAAUUGUGUUUAAAAUAUUGUUGAUAUUAUCUGUAGUUUUUUUACCUACUGAUAUUAUCUGUUAACGGAAUAUUUACACACUGUAGACUUUCGGCCGAGAGCUUAGUCACGUUGGGGUGAUAGUGCGCACACUGGGCCAAUUAAACAGUCGCGUUAGUGGUGAGUGCGCACACUAGCCAUUAGUUGGCCGAUCGUUUGCGAAAAAAAUGUGGUAACUAAGCAGUUCUUGGAGUGAGUAGUUGCGUAAUGAAACCUAAAACAUUGUCCAAAAAUGUUAUUACCAUUAUACAUCGAAGGAGACGGAUCAAGAAGCGAAACCGAGGAUACUGGGUGCAUCCUAUGUACAGUGACAGAAUAUCUAAUCCUUAUAAUAUGCGCACUUGCAUACAUCUUAAUACUGAUUAACCCUAGAAAGAUAAUCAUAUUGAGUAAUACGUAAAAGAUAAUCAUACGUAAAACUGACUCCUCAAUUUUGAGUGGAUCUUAAAUGAAAAGUUUUGUACUGAUUCGAGUAAAACAAAAAGUAUUAGUUUUCUACUACCGUAAUCAAUUAGAAAUAGUAACAUUUACUUAUUUAUAUUUUUUCAUUUUAUAAUAAAAAACAAAAAUUACAAACUUCUCAAUAAUCAAUAAAACGUAGGAGCUUCUUUUUAGUUCUAAAGUAUUUUCAUAAUCUUAUAAUAAAUCAGUAUUUUUAUAUUAUAUUCGAAGUAAUAAAAAACCAAAAUUAAACAAUAACAUGAAAAUUGUAUAUUAAAAUCAGUCAAAACAGUUCAGGAGGUCUACUCUAAUUCAACGAAAAACGAAAUUUCGAUCGAAAUUUCGCUCAAUUCCUACCAUGGUUCCAUUCGAUUCGAAACUUCGUUGAAACGAAAUUAGUUUGACGUUUAAAUUCUCUAAGCCUAAAAAAGCCUCUAAAUUGAAGUUUGACAGAUACUUGUUCGUAAUUUUAACCUCAAAUUGACGAAACCAAAAGUGUUAACUUUUUAUUUUCGUUUUGGUCGAUUUUGUUAAAAAUUUAACUAAAAUGGCUACGAGACAGCUUUUAAUCGCGGCUGCUUUACGUGAAGAACGAUUGGAGCGUAGAAGGAACCGGCGCCGCCUGCGUAAUCAAUUAAAUAUUUCAAAUAUUCCCGAUCUAGAGUUUGUCGGAAAUUACAGACUCAGUCGGGAAUUAUUCGAGGAGUUGUGCCAGGACAUAGUGCCUUUAUUGCCUCCAAAGGGAAGACGACAUGGAAUCGAGCCCACACUUAAAGUAAGUUUAAAUUGUUUAAACACUCCCUUCUCUUUAAUUUUUCAUUUUACUGUUCAUAAGCCUCAAUCUGUGUUAAUGUAUUUCAGAUACUUACUGCUUUGAACUUUUAUGCCCGAGGAAGUUACCAGGGGUCAGUGGGACAAAAUAUGGAUGGGCCCAUGGCACAACAGACAGUGUCCCGUUGUUUACAAGAGGUAACAACUGCACUUAAUGCACCCCACAUACUAAGGAAGCACAUAAGAUUCCCACAAAAUAGGAAUGAAAGGAAUCUUAUUAAGCAGAAAUUUUAUGAUAAAUAUGGGCUACCCGCUGUGGUGGGGUGCAUCGAUUGUUCACAUGUAGCCAUAGUGAGGCCUUCGGAGCACGAGGAACGAUAUUUUAAUCGAAAACAUUUUCAUUUGAUUAAUACUCAAGUUAUAUGUGACAGUGAUUUAUUAAUUACAAAUGUUGAUGCUUCAUAUGGUGGAGCAACUCACGACGCUUAUAUUUGGAGGGAAUGUGAGAUAAGAAACCACUUGGAGGGUCUCCAGGAUGAAACAGUUUAUCUAUUAGGUGAUUCUGGUUAUGCUCUAAGGGAGCAUAUGAUGACACCUGUAGAUAAUGCUGUUGAGAACUCUCCAGAGGGAAGGUACAAUUACCUCCAAAAACGUGUACGCUGCACCAUAGAACGCACAUUUGGUGUAUUGAAGGGUCGAUGGAGAUGUCUUUUGGCAGCUAGGGAACUCCAUUACUGCCCAGAAACAGCAGGUAAAAUUAUAUUAGCCUGCUGUGUUUUACACAACAUGUGUAUAAGGGCUGGUAUUGAAGGUCCCGAGUUGACUGAAGAGGAACACCAAUCGGAGAGAACCAGGCAGGUUCCCUUUGAAACAGCCGCAUCUUCUACUCAAGCUCUACAGGCAGGUCGAAGGGCAAGGAAUUCAUUAAUACAAAUGUUAGAAAGGAACCGGUAAGAUAAACUCAAACCAAACAAUUGUGCAAGUAGAUUAAAAUAAACUCAAUUAAAAACUUUUUUUUGUUUUAGGAGAUAAUCAUCAUCAUCAUCAUAUCAGCCACAUUUAAGCCGUUUAUUUGUGAUUAAGUAACAAUCAAAAUCCAUACUUUCUCAUUUAUAAUAUUAUAGGAUUAGGAAUUAAUAUUACUGAAAUAUAAAAUAUAAAUAAAACAUACACUUCUUAUCUUGUUAUAAUUGUAAGCAAUGCGUUUUUUUAAUGUUAACUUUUAUGUCUAAUGAAUUUAGUUAAUAUUGCAUAUUGUACAACAUUAUCUAUUUAGGUAUGAAUUUUCGAGUAGGUACCUAGUAGACAGUGAUUUCUCAACUAGUUGAAAGUUAUUUGCUCUUACCUUUCCGAUGUGUAGAUAAUUAAUUUCAAUACCUGCCCAUUGUAUGUAAACUUUUGUUAAUUUUUGUGAUGUAAAAUUACAUUACCUUAAAGGUCAUUUUACAAAUUUGAUGACUCUGUAUGAAAUAUACAAGGAGAAAAAAAUCAGCCCUUAACGAGUUUCUUGCCGGUUCUUCUCGUUACAAGGUCUCCCGCUUAGGGUUUGAGAACCGAUGGCGUAGCUUCUUUGACAUUCACAAGUGCUUGUAACAGCCUAGAUUAAAAUAUUUUUAGGCAU